GGGACUUUCGAUCAGUUUUGGGGCCAACCUUACACCGAACAGUUCGGAAAACUAGCCAAAUAAAUUCAAAAAUUUUCCGUGUGAAUAACUCCGUGUUUUUCCUUCUUCUCUUUUUUUUACCUGUUGCCCCUUAAGCGUUGCCAUGAAAACCCUGGAGUCCGACGACAAGCCCUUCAAUCCCUUCUACAUUGGCCCGCAUCCCAGCAAGGCGUGCGCCAUUCCCGAGAUUCCCGGCCGCCAGUGCUCCCCCAACUGUCAGGAACAGGUGCAACCAGCGACGACGACGAACAAGCCACCAACCGGAGCAGUGGCCACCAAUGGUUCGCCCACGGAGGUACAGGAUGCCAACAGCGUGCCCACCGGUACUGCGGGCGGCAUGCUAAUCGUGGGCGUGGCCAACAUAUACAGCACCGUCGAGGUCCUGGCCGCCGCCGCUCGAAUGGGCGGAGCAGCCGGUACGGUAGCGGCAGCGGUCACUGGAGCGGAUCAGGGUCCGCCGGCUCCCAGCAACACCAUAUGCAAGCCGUAUCCCUGCAUGGAGGGCGCUCGCAGCGAUAGUCCUGGCUGUGGUUAAACCGGAGGAAGUUCACAUCGGAUGGAGAAGCAAUGUUCCACCAACUGGCUUUUUAAAUUGACUAAAACGCAACACCUAGUUAGCCCCAAAAACAGUAAUAAAUGAAAGAAAAAAAAUUCA